CCGAUCAAAACCUGCUGCAUAAUCCACUACAUUAUCCAAAGCAACCUAUCUGGAAGCACCGGAAGCCCUAACAAAUCACGGCCGGUUACAUCAUCCUGAACGAACCCAAACCAACCAACUAAAUCGCAAACCUCCAACCAUCUUCACAGCCAAUCUACCUGCAAUCUAUAUAACGAAUUUUCACCACUAUUAAACCCUUCUACAACUUCAAUUCAAACAUAACCACUCCCACAAACAACUAAACACAAUACCAACAUACCAACAUACCAACAACCAUGUCCCCCACAACAGAAAUCAAUAAGAUCCCCCUCAGCUACGCAACCUGCUCCCUCGGCCCCCCUUCCAUCCCACUAGAAACCAAACUCUCCACCCUCCACUCCGCCUCCUUCACGGGCAUCGAGCUCGCCUUCCCGGACCUCCUCGCCUACGCCAACACCCACAACCCCGGCACCGCCCAGAUCCUACCAACCGACUACCCGGCCCUCAUCCGCUCCGCAAGCCAAAUCCGCACACUAUGCGAAUCCCACAACCUACGGAUCAUGAUGCUGCAACCCUUCGCCAACUUCGAGGGAUGGCCUCGCGGAUCCCCAGAACGGGAGGAUGCGUUCGCGCGCGCGAAGGGGUGGAGUGAGAUUAUGGCUGCGCUGGGGACGGAUCUAUUACAAAUAGGAUCUACAGAUACUCCCGCUGAGAAACUAUCCCUAGGAGAGAAUAAAGAGAAUGUGGUGGAGGAUUUGCGUGAGCUGGCGGAUAUAUUAGCGAGCAAGGGCCAGCGCAUCGCGUACGAGAACUGGUGUUGGAGUACGCAUGCGCCGAAUUGGAAGGAUGUGUGGGAGAUUGUUAGGGAUGUGGGGAGGGAGAAUGUUGGGUUGUGUUUGGAUACGUUUCAGACGGCGGGCGGGGAGUGGGGGGAUCCGACGGCCCCGGAGGGGGUGAUAAGUGGUGGUGAGGAUGGGGUGAGGAAGAGGUAUGAAGAUAGUUUGGAGGAGUUGGUGAGGACGGUUCCUGCCGAGAAGAUCUUCCUGUUGCAGGUGUCGGAUGCGUAUAAGCCUCUUACUCCGUUUGAGGAUGAGGUGGUGGAUGGGGCGAGGCCUAGGGCACGGUGGAGUCAUGAUUUUAGGCCGAUGCCGUAUCAUGGGGGGUAUUUGCCGAUUGAGGAGGUGGGGAGGGCGGUGUUGAGGACGGGGUUUAGGGGAUGGUUCAGUAUGGAGAUUUUUGAUGGGGGGAAGUCGGGGGAGGAGGAGAUUGGGGAUGUGGAGGGGUUUGCGAGGGAGGCGAUGGGGAGUAUGAGGAGGUUUUUGGAGAGGUGUGCGGAUGGCAUCUAA